CCACCUCCCACUGAUCGGUUUCUCAUUAAAUAGCCUGACCAGCUGCGUCACAAACCCGUUUCCCAUCAGACAAUGGAAAGAACGAGAUGCUAGCGAUGCCGGGUCUCUGUUUGCUUCUGUUUGCGCUCAUUUUCACCCCAACUCCCGUUAAAGAAAGAAUCUGGAAGAUAACCGUACAAAAACAUCGGGGUAGAAGAAUAAUAGUUUGUGUUGCUUUACUGACACAAGAAGAUAAGAUUUCUUUCAUCCAUUGUUAGGUCAUUAUCAGGUAACAAGCUCGCGCCAGCCAGUUGUUGCUGCUCCAGGUGAUGAUGUCGUCCUCCAGUGCCUCGUGGAGCCUCAGUUGGACACGGUGGACAUGACCGUGGAGUGGUCCAGGCCGGACGCCAAACGUCGGGCAAAGGGAGUAGAAUACGUACAUCUUUACCGAGACAACCGCGAGGUUCUGGACAUGAAGAGCUCGUCGUACCACGGCAGGACGGCGUUGUUCGCAGACGGCCUCAGACACGGCAACAUAUCCCUCAUCAUCACCAACGUCACGACUGCAGACGAAGGGGAAUACAAAUGCUUCAUCCCAAAGCUGCAGGGCAACGCCAAAUCUUCAGUUGUCCGCCUUGUUAUCGAUCAAAGCUCUAACCUCAAACCGAAUAAAACCGUUCCGUCAGAGACACACCUCCAUCACGAAGCAACGAGGCAGAAUUAUCUGAACGGCGGCGUGCCCCGUUCCAGAAGCUUUACUCCACUUAUUCUUAUCUGUGUCUCACUUAUCUUCAACGCUUGAGUUGCAGGAUGCUUCCUCGUUGCAUGAAUCUUUCAGAGAUGAGCACUUCGCGUUUUCGGCUACAGAAGGAACAUGUAGGUAGACUGCGCAGCGUCUUCUGAUUUUUCUUUUGCAUCCUCAUAAAAAGUUUGAUGUACGUUAACAAUGAUCAAGACUGCUGCCAACUUUGCAUCAAACAUUUUUGCUGCAAAAAUGUUUGAUGUUUGAUAAGAAAAACUGGAAAAGGAAAGAUUUGUGAUUGUAUAACACUCUGUUUAACUGUUAAGACUUUAGGACAUUACUUUAACAAAGAAGAAAAAAACAAUAUUUAUUGCAAUGCGGGAAUAAGGCACCGGUUAUGCAACGAUCAACACUUGGUUUGCACUCAAAUGGCCAAACUGCAUUCAUAAUAAGAUUAUGAACACAUUUGCCCAUGUGAUGUGGUCACACUGUUUGCUUGCUGGAAUGCCCUUACAGGCAUUAGAAAAAUAAUUGUUCUGUUUAGUUUUAAAUGUGGAGUUCCAAGUUUUUAGUUUUAAAAUGUGUCCAUAAAAAUGUUAUUUUUCUCUAAUGCACUUUUUAUUUUUACAUGUCACUACUUCUUGCCAUUGCACUUUAUACCACAUUUUUGCACGAUUACAGUGUGGUUGCGUGACUUUGUUCUAUGUUUACUUUGUAUGUUUUUUGCCAAUAUUUCUUCAGAAUAAGUUGAUUCCAAUGUCAUGAGCGUACUUCACCAUUCAAGCUUUCUGAAACAACACCCUUGUUACUGACUUCAGCAUGUUCAGCUGUUGUCCUCAAUGGGUUUUAAUUAAAAGUGCAGAUUUCUUCAAAGCG